AUGACUAAUAUAAAAAUAUGCAGCUGGAACGCAAACGGUUUAAAAAACAAGUUAGGAGAAGUUAUAGAAUUUAUUAGUAGAAAUAAGAUUGAUAUAUUUUUGAUAAACGAAACCAGGUUAUGUGAGAAAGAUAAGCUUAAAGUAAGAAACUAUAAUUGUAUACGUAAGGACAAAAACUAUACAGCAGGCGGGGUAGCAAUAUUAGUUAAAAAAGACUUAGCUUACCAAGAAUGCGUAGUAACUAGUACUAUUGAAUGUAUAAUUAUUAAACUAGCAAGUAACAUUUUCAUAACAGCAGCCUACAAUAGUCCUGCCAAUAAUUUUACAACUCAAGACCUAAAUUCCAUCCUUGGUAUUGGUAAUAAAGUACUCCUAAUUGGAGACCUUAAUGCCAGACACAUCACCUGGAACAAUCAUGUCAAUAAUAGAAGAGGGCUGACACUUUUUGACUACACUCUCACAAAUAACUGCAGCAUCAUUUUUCCAGAUGAACCAACUCACUAUCCUACAAACAACUCCACGCCUACCACAAUAGAUAUUGCUGUGAAUAAAAAUGUCAAUAAUGUUUCAGACUUACAAGUCUUACAUGAGCUUAAUUCAGAUCAUACACCUGUAGUAUUAAAAUUAGGAUCUCAGAAACGAAAUAGUGCCAAGAAAACAGCCUACAACUACACCGAAGCUGGUUGGGAUAUGUUCAGAAAACACCUUGAUAAAAAAAUCACUCUAACAUCAACAAUAAAAACAAAAGAUGAACUAGACCAAGAAGUACUUAAAUUUACCAAUGAUAUAAGAUGUAGCAUGGACGAAAAUAUCAAAAAAACCACCUUCAAAGAAUUGCGAGAUAAGCUUCCAGAAACUAUACUACAGAUGAUCAAGCAAAGAAACCAUCAUCGAAAAAUUUGGCAACGCUCAAGGCAAAAAAAGGACAAAGAAAAAGUAACAAGACUUACACAUCAAAUAAGAACAUCAAUAAUUAAUUAUAGAAACAACGAAUGGUCGACCAAACUAGAAAAGCUGAAUCCUCGAGACAACUCGCUAUGGAGAAUGACCAAGAUCUUGAAAAUGGAAGACAACACUAUUCCAACACUGGUCAAAAAUGGAGCCCAGGCCUUCACUGACUGUGAUAAAGCUAACUUAUUGGCUGAUCAACUUGAACAAGUCCAUAAUAUAGACCUAGAAAAUAAUACAGAUAAUCAAAAAAGCAUAGUCAAGCAGGUCAAGGAAUAUCUAGAUGUACAGGAAAAUGAAAACUGGUAUCAAUUCAUAACGUCCCCCAGAGAACUUUCAACUAUUAUCAAGCAACUACCAUCUAAGAAAGCACCAGGACUAGAUGCUAUUCAAAACAUAGUUUACAACCAUAGUAUAAAACCAACUAAUUCCACCAAGUACCUUGGAGUUCAUCUGGAUCCAAGACUUAUAUUCAACACACACAUCAAACAAGUCAUUAGGAAAGCCUUCAUAGUACAGAAAAAACUAUAUCCCAUGAUGGUUAAAGGAUCAACACUAACAGUUAAAAACAAAAAACUACUAUACACGAUGAUACUGAGGCCCAUACUAACAUAUGCAUCUCCAGUCUGGUGUGGUGCAUCCUUAACCAAUUUACUCUUGCUACAAAGGUAUCAAAACAAGUGCCUGAGACUUAUCUUAUCAGAAGGUAGAUAUACUAAGAUAUCAAAACUCCAUGAAGAUGCUGAAAUACCACUUAUCAAAGACUUCAUCUACAGACUGAGGUCUGGUGUAAAUUUCAAACGCACCCUCGCAGUUUGGCAACCACGGUGGAUCCACGAUGGAACCACGGUUGUAGUGGAUUUACUGUGGAGCCACGAUGGAACCACGGUGGAUCCACUGGGGAUUUUGUGCCGUUUUGCCAUUGCGAUUUCACCGUGGUUCAACAGUGGAUUAACUGUGGAUCUAUUGUGGUUUCAUCGUGGUUCCAUCUACGGUUUUAUAAUGGAAUUUCCGUGA